AUGGAGCGUAAGGGUCUCGCCCCAUCAGUCAUGGCAACUCUGGUUUUUGCCCAAGAAGAGGCCGGCACGGCCGUCUGUAUCUCACCCGAUGGCAUCCUCCUCACCUGCUCCCACUGCAUAGCCGAAACGGCCGACGAGUUCGACUCUUUCAGAAGCCACUGGCUCCUCUUCGCCUCGGGCCAGGUCGUCGAAGCGAGGCCUCUGGCAUGGGACGCGAAGAGAGACCUUGCUCUAUUGAAGAUCGUAGCGGCCCAACCAGCGCCAUCCCUAUCAUCAACAAUAGCAACAUCCCCACCAAUGUUCCCCUUCAUCACGCCCUCGCCUACCCCGCCACCACUCCAAACCCGCCUCAUCUGCGUCGGCCAUCCGGGAAGCGAGGACCUCGAGGCUGCGAGCCCAGGCACCAGAACCGACUACGACGUGCUGCACCUCAGCACCGGGACCUUCAGGGGCUGCGCCGAGGGCCAGGACCUGCAGGAUAACUCGGAGAUCGGAGCGCUGAUGCACACCUGCUGGACGUACUGGGGACACAGCGGCGCACCGUUGAUCGAGAGGCGGACAGGGAGGCUCAUCGGCCUGCAUUCGUCGUGGGAUGAUGAAACCGGAAUGAGGAGGGGGGUUGCGUGGGAAGCCAUUCUGGGUUUUUUGGAGGAGAACAAGCGGGUUAUGGAAUAA